AUGAGUUUAUGGAGUCUCCUUGCAUCAGCAGUUGGGGCCUUUGCGUUUGACUAUAUUGGCCGUAAAAAGCAAGCCCUCAUAUCUUUAAGUGGAAUGGUAGCAUCAUUCUAUAUAUUGGGUGGAUUAAUAAAAAGAUUUGGUUCUGGUGAAUCCGUGCAUGGGCUGUAUGGAGCGAUUGCAAUGAUGUUCAUAUUCACUGGCUUUUAUGGUUUCACUUUCACUCCAUUGACAAUGGCAUAUCCUGCCGAAAUAAGUCCCAUCCAUUCAAGAGGUUCGGGAAUUUCUCUCUUCGUUGUGAUGAAUUCGUCUUUUGGUUUGUUAUCGAGUUUUGUUCUCCCAAUAGCGAUGAGCAAUAUAGGCUGGAAAUUUUAUUUUAUAAAUGCUUCGUAUGAUGUGUUGUUUCUUCCAGUGAUCUAUUAUUUCUGGGUGGAAACGAAAAAUUUGGACUUUUGCGACAUCGCAGCUAAGUUUGGAGAUUGUGAUAAUGUGGAAUAUGUAUCAGAGGGACAACUGAUCGAAGAAGUCGUAGAAAUAGUGACGAUGAAAACAUAA